GGUAUUAUAUGAAAUAUUUGUAGUUAACGGGAAUAGCAAUGAUGUAGUUGUGUAUACCAUUCAGCUGAAUGAUGUCCUUUCGAAACUCUCAUUGGUCUGUCAGGCAGCUAAUCCAUACCACACUUUGAGAUUUCUGCACUAGUUCAUCAGUCUGCGCUCCAGGCGACUGUGAAUGUCAUGAUUUUCUUGCUUUUCUCCAUUUUCACACCCUCUAUUCUAGGUAUUGAUGUCACACACAAACUGAAAAGAUCACUCCAGUCGGCUGGUUUUAAGUCAAGUGAAAGACUCAACAGUGAAAGACAAAACCAACAUCAUCGACAAAUAAUGUUGCCACGAGUGAGAUAAACACCACAUUAGCCAAAGUGGACGUCCUGUCUGGCCGAACAUCUACAAGCAAAAUCUUGCAAGAUGCGAUGAUAUCCACCAUCACAUAUCGCUGCAUUCAGACAACCACGGACAUCAUUUCGACUGGGACAAUCGACGCUCAGAUAUUCGGCGAAAGAAACGCUAAGUACUCCAGAGAAUUUGUAGUGAUCUUGGAUUCAAGUGAAUCGGUAAAUAACAGGCACAUGGACAUAGAUAGAUCUCACCAGUCAGUUAGAGGAAAAUCUCAUGCACAAAAUGUAAAACUCGAGGUUAAGGAAACAACCAAUAUGAAUACCAUUAGACUAGAGGGUGUGAACACGGAGAAGAGCAACCAAUCACGACAUUCGCAGCCGACAUGACGAGCGACUGAUAAACUCGUGGAGAAAUUUCAAAGCCCACUUCGACAAAUUGAAGUGUGCGCUGAAAAUGUGGCCGAGUAAGGCUGUGAAGCACUCACAAGUACACCAUGCAGCAUAGACAACUCAAAUGCAUCGAAAACAUUCUACGACGGAACUGCAUCUUCACGGAAUAUUACAGCGUCCAUAUAAGCUCUUUUGGUGAAAACAACUCAAUUCAUAUUCGGCUGAAUCACUGUGAAACACUGUGUCCUUGAAGACUUCACCUGCUUUUCUAAAACGGAGUAAACGACCUAACUGAAUGCAGCAAGCCAUGGAAUGAUUCACUCACAAGAAGAAAAUGAUGACGUUUUGUGUAAUACUACAAUGAAAUAAUAUUUCCAAAUGAUACUCAAGUGUCACAAACUUCAUGUGUUCGCCACUGCAUGAAUUCUUCUUACUAUUCGGAUUAAAGUAUUUCUGCAGAUUGACGGAUUUCAUCGCACCAAUCAGAUUCCGCCGAUUCAUUAUGUGAGUCACGUGACAUAAUGAGGCGUUGUUUAACUCACCAAUCAGAACACUCACCUACACUGUUCCACAAAUGAACGAUGAAAUUAUGAUUAUUGUAAUCAACCAAUGAUCAGAUUACAACGAUAACUGUGACUGCUUGUUGUGGUAUAAAUACAGGAACGGAAAGUCAGUUACCAUAAGAAGAUGGUCUACUUCACAUACAGCCAAGUAGCUUUCGUCACUGUGUUGGCAUUCGCAGCCACUAUUUCAGUCGAAUCGUUGAAUGAAAAAGAAAUUAAAUUUAUACUAAACAGAAUUAAAGAUAAAAUACCCGGAGUCAUUUCAGAGCUCAAAGCUGCUGAAGGGAGAGUACAAAAUAUUACAGCCAAGAUUCUUAGUCAGAGGGCAAGCUUACGAGGACAAUUAGAAAAGUAUACGGACUGCCUGGAAACUGCAUACAAAUACAAGUGGGGACAACUUACAUUUAAUGGUGAUCAAGGUGCGUUGGAUGACACAAGACGUUGUUGCCAACAAGAAGCUGCAGCAUAUCAUGAUCUGAAGGAACUGAAAGAACAAAUCGAAGGAGUAUUCUACCAUAACUACUUGUUUAGCGCUCAAGUUUGUGAGUUCAUUUUCUCCGUAUAAUUAUUAGUCAGUGUCUAUCUAAUAUCAGUUAUCAUACGAACUCAGUGACAGAUAACAAUCUUUUUUACUGAUCAAUUCACCUUUCCCAAUAUGUUUCAUCAUUUCUAGUUUACAAGAACUCUUACACAACCCUGUUGAAGUCGUUGACAGGUGAGAUAUAUUUUGCAUCAACUUCCACUGUCAAUCAUACGAAAUUGACACGCGAGGAUAAGGCCCGUUAAUAUAGCCCAGGUCAGAAUCUCCAAGACACGAAUACGCCUGUUCAAUCGAGUAAUGAAAGCAUCAUCAGUGGCGUUGUCAGUUACCGUGUGGAUAUUGUGCAAUGAAUAAUAUCGUGGCAGUUCUAAAUAGACGGUAUCGUGAAUGUAUGAGAAUACACAUUCACAUUUCAUAGGCGUCCCUGAGGAUAAGCAAGCAAGCCAGCGAAUUCAACACGAGUCAUAGUGAAUUACUGAAAGAGAGCAACUCAUGUAUUCAGACAAAUAAUGAGAACUGAAAGUGUCACUCAUUGAAAAUAUUCAGAAUUCUCCAAUUGUAUGAAUAAGCACACAGUUCACCAUUAAUCAUCCUCCCCUCCAAUAUACGUGUUUCUUGAUUAUUUCAUUACUAACACUUCUCCCAACAUUAUUGCUGAUUUAAUUUACUCUCAUACAGGAAAGUGAAGAGGGAUGUACCAGGAUGAAUGCCAAAGUCAGCGUAUUACUGAACACAUGUAGAAUGUAGAAGCUUUCGUAAAUAUUUUUUUUUUUGAAUUAAAUUAAAUAAAUCACUCAUCUGCUA